CUGAAGUCUGCUCAAAAUGUCCCUGGUGAGCUUCUGGCCCCUGGGGAAGUUCAGGGGGGCAGGUCUGGAGAAGGGGAAGUGGGAAGGGAUGUGAAACUUGGCCACAGCCUGGCGCCACUCCUGCUGGGCAGCCCACAGGGUCCCUGGGCAGAGGGCAGGAGCAUCCAGUUGGAGUUGACAACGGGAGGCAGGGGCAACAUGGAAGGCCCCCAGGGAUGGCUGGUGGUCUGUGUGCUGGCCAUAUCGCUGGCCUCUAUGGUGACCGAGAACGUGUGCCGAGCACCAGACGGGAAGAACGGGGCGGCGGGAAGACCCGGCAGACCAGGGCGGCCAGGCCUCAAGGGGGAGCAAGGGGAGCCUGGGGCCCCUGGCAUCAGGACAGGCAUCCAAGGCCUUAAAGGGGACCAGGGGGAACCCGGGCCCUCUGGAAACCCCGGCAAGGUGGGCUACCCAGGGCCCAGUGGCCCCCUCGGGGACCGUGGCAUCCCAGGAAUUAAAGGUAUCAAGGGCAACCCAGGAAACAUCAAGGACCAGCCGCGGCCGGCCUUCUCGGCCAUUCGGCGGAACCCACCGAUGGGGGGCAACGUGGUCAUCUUCGACAUGGUCAUCACCAACCAGGAACAGCCGUACCAGAACCACUCGGGCCGAUUCGUCUGUGCUGUACCCGGCUACUACUACUUCACCUUCCAGGUGGUGUCCGAGCGGGAAAUCUGCCUGUCCAUUGUCUCCUCCUCAAGGGGCCAGGUCAGACGCUCCCUGGGCUUCUGUGACACCACCAACAAGGGGCUCUUCCAGGUGGUGUCAGGGGGCAUGGUGCUUCAGCUGCAGCGGGGUGACCAGGUCUGGGUCGAAAAAGACCCCAGAAAGGGUAACAUUUACCAUGGUCUUGAGGCUGACAGCGUCUUCAGCGGCUUCCUCAUCUUCCCGUCCACCUGAGCCAGGGAAGGAUCCCCUCCCCCACCCACCUCUCUGGCUUCCAUGCUCUGCUCUGUAAAAUGGGGGCUCCGUUGUUUCAGCUGCUGAAGGGAGGGGGCUGCCUCCGAGAGCCCCAGGACUGGCUGCCCCCAUGACACAUGCUCUAAGAAGCUCAUUUCUUAGAACUCUUCCUGGAAUAAACAUCUGUGUCUGUGUCUGC